UUCCGCCAUCUUGAUGUACCGCCCGCGCCCUCUUAUUGGCCACUGUAAGGUGCACGAAAGGUGUGCUAGAAAAAUAAACGAAGCCUGUAGUCGAACCUCUGGCAGAGCCGGUCUUUCCACUUCUCGCAACAUCCGAGAUGCGGCAGUGCACAUAACCUUCUCUUCCCUGGUAAUUAUUUCGCCUCAUACCUUUGUUUAACAACUCAACCAACAAUGACUGGUGAUAAAAAACGGAGGACUUAUAAGUCAUAUGUUGAGGUGGGUAAACCACCACCAAGAUCAACUCUGUGUACACGUCGGAAAAAACAAGCACAGAUCGAAGCUGAAAGGAAGUCAAAGGUCGAACCUGUAGUUCAGACUGCAGAAGAGGAACAGGUUGAUUUAAGUGCCAAUUCCCAUAGACCUGUUGAUUCAAGUCCCAGGACUCGGCUUGAGUGCCCAGGCUCAACUACACCUCAGGAUACUUCCACCGAUGAUGAGGUUUCACCUGAGCCUGGCAAAACUUUGAAACGCAGGAAGAAGCGUAAAGUGAACACAAAAGUUCACCGCUGUGACACUGAUCCCAAUACAGGAUCAUCCGAUGACCCUGCUUCACUGUCUGACACGGGGCCAGAAAGUGAGCAAUCAUGCGUUGUGCAUGAUCGUGAACCUCAGCCUUGUGUGCCUUUGAUGGAAAAUGAUAUUAUUGAAGCAGAAUGUAGUGAUGAAUGUCAAGAGGAUCCACCACCAUCUAAAGAAAAUAGUGACUUAAGUGAACCAUUGUGCAGAUGUGUUAAAACAACUAUUGGUGACAUACUAUUUAUGACACUGUCGAUUGGACUCAGACACAGUUUGACCUGGGCCGCUCAGGUCGACAUUUUAAAAAUGUGGAAAAGUGUGUUCAGUGGCAAGAAAAUUCCCCUGUCUAAGCCCACGUACCAGAAAAUGUUGAAUGCAGUGAACCCUUCUGACAUUGAGUAUCAGGUAUACUGUAAAAACUGUAACACGUACCUGGGGAAAAGAGAAGCAUGGGAGAGGUUUUGUGCUGAGUGCAAUAAAUCCUAUGAGAAUGGCCCUGAUUGUGAGUUUUUUGAAAGUUGCACAGAAUGUCACAAGCCUUUACAGGAAAGGCAAGUCAAGGUGCAAGUAAGAACCUGUACUAAUGUACAGUGUAAGAAGGAUGUUAAAUUGAGUGAGACUGAUAACUUAGUUAGUGUCUCUAUCGAAUCUCAGCUGCAAAAGUUUGUAAAAGAUGAAAAAUUUGUAAAUAACAUUAUGCGGUAUAGAUUUAACAGGCAGUACAUCCCAGGAGUGUACAGUGAUAUUUAUGAUGGUGCUAUGUACCAAAAAUAUUUUGACAAUAAUGGUGUCCUGUCUUCACCAUAUAAUUUCUCUUAUACUUUUUUUACUGACGGUAUUGCAUAUUCUAAAUCUGGAGCCAAAACUAUUUGGCCUAUUUACCUCACAAUAAAUGAACUGCCAUAUGAAGAAAGGAAAAAUUAUUAUAUUUUAGCUGCAGUGUAUUGUGGUAAUAAGGACCCAAAUGAGCAGUGGUUUUUUCCAGCAUUUGUUUCUCAGGCUAAUCAGUUAUCUGUUAACGGUUUUAAAUGGAAUCAUAAUGGUGAAAAUGUUACAAGUAGAGUAAUUCCAUUAUGCCUUAUAGCUGAUAGUGGUGCUAGGUACAAGUUAAUCAACAUGCAGAUGUUUGGAGCUAUUUUUGGCUGCACAUAUUGUUAUCAUGAGACAGAGAGAAUAGGUGUCCAACGUUAUCUUAUUGAUCUCACUCAGCCGCCAGCACCACUGCGCACUCUUGAUAGUUAUAAGCUAGAUUUAGUCGAGGUUGAGGCGAGAAAGCAUGAGAUCCAGGAGAAGAACAGAGCUUAUAGAGGGGUAAGAGGUAAUUGUGUUUUGAAUCGCUUACACUAUUUUGAUAUCACAGAGUCAUGUCCAGUUGAUUACUUUCAUUGUGUUUUGAUUGGGGUCACCAAAAGGCAUAUGGAGUUGCUUCUUGGGGGAGGUUAUAAAAGUUAUUUUAAUAAUAUGAAAAAACAAGAUGCCAUGGACAAUCUCAUAGCUAGUAUUGAUGAGGGUAUUCUAAAAAUCCAGUCAACCACCUCUGUGAUUAGGGAUCUUCGACCUCUCAAAGAUAUUGCUCAUUGGAAAGCCAGUGAGUACAGAUCGUGGUUAUUAUUUUAUUGUAUUGUCUGUUUAAAGGGUUUUUUGAAGGAAAAACAUUUAGAACAUUUAGCAAUGUUAAGUAGAGCGGCUAACUUACUUCUUCAGAAAACAGUCACUCGUCGCGAUAUUGAGACUGCUUUAGGCCUGUUUAAGUUGUACUCAUUUUAUUUCCAAGAGUCAUUUACUGAAAGAAACAUGGUUUACAAUAUUCACCUCUUGAGUCACAUUCCUAAAUGUGUUUUAUCGUUUGGGCCACUGUGGACUCACAAUAGUUUUUCCUAUGAAUCAAAGAACGGGGACAUUCUUCAGUUGGUUAAAAGCCCUCACCAUGUACCAUUACAAGUAGCUCGUAAGUUCCUGAUGUACCAAUCUCUCCCAAUUGUGUGCUCUGCACUGGCUCGAGGUAAGGAGACUGUUCUGUUUUGUGACAAAUUGUUGAACUACAAGCAUUUAGUGAAGUAUGAUCGAGCCAGUGAUAACAACUGUGUGCUUUUGGGCAAACCAACUCUAAAAUCACUUUCUCAGAAUGAUUUUGAAAAAUUGUCCAGGCUUGUAGAAUGUGGUUCGACAAGUCAAUGCCUCAUGUAUGACCGAAUGUAUUUUAAAAAGAAAAAAUAUUCAACAGCAAGUUAUGGACAAGGGAAGAAAAAUAAUGAUUCUUAUGCAUUUUUAGAUUCAGGUGAAUGUGUUAAAAUUUUACACAUUAUCAAAUAUCCUGUUGGUAAUAGAGUGCUUUUGAAUUGUGAACUUAUUAGAAUAGUGGGGACACCUGUUGUUGAGAUUCCGGAUACCAGAUUUGAUCAUGUGGUUAGAGCCGUAGACUCAGGUGACAAGGUCCUUCUGAAUGUUGAAAGAUUAGAUAAACCCUGUUGUAGAAUACAGUUACGAAGCAAGCAAUAUAUAGCAAAAAUUGCAUAUGCUUGUACAAUUGAGUAGUAUUUGAGAAAUGUAAAUAACUACUGGUAAUGAAUAAAUAAAAAUGUCUCUACUUCA